AUGUCAUCGGUUACAAUCACGUACCAUUUUGAUACUUUAAGGACAAAAGUUUCACCAAAUGCAUCUUUAAAUGGGGUUCUGCUACAAAGUCUUCAGUACUUUAAAUUGAUCACUGAAGAUCAUGAAGCUGCUAAAUGGUGUUUGCUCCAUGCAAAUAUCCCAAUUGCAUUGGACAUUCCAUUUGUAUUUUUAAAUUUACCAGUUGGUGUUAAAUUAAAGUUAGACAAAAAGCCAAAUUUAUCGAAGGUUCAUGGAACUGAUGAACCAAAGUUGUUGAAAAUAAAGUUACAAGUUCCAGGGUCUCAGCCAUUGGUUCUAAGUGUUAAUAAUAAAGAAAAUUUGAAAAAAGUAAUCAAUACACUUGCACAAGAUCAAGAUUGGGAUUUAGAUCCAGACACUGUUUCUUUACAAGUUUUCAGUAAAGUAUUGAGAUAUGAUGAACUUGAAGCCCAUUCGUUGGAAUCUUUAGGUAUCUCUACACCAACAUCUCUUAGGUUAAAUAUUGGUGGCGUCAAAUCUCUUUCGAAGACUGAAAAACCAGAAGUUGAUGUAGCAAAAGUUAUUCAGACCAAAGAGGAAGAAACAUCUAUGAAUGCUGAAAUGGAAGAUGUUAGUAAACAUCGUGAGGUUCAUAAAGUUUCCGUAUAUGUACCUUCCAACGUUUCGCACAUUUCAGAAUUGGCAAAUAGAGACGAAGAAGACGAAUUAAAAGUGACAAUAGAUCAUGCCAAAAUAUACCAACACAUUGUAUCAAGAAAGGCAGGUACACUUGGUGGACCAUUGUUGACUAAAAGAUUAAGGGAACAAUAUGAAAGACAAGGGUUACCACAGAAAACUAAAAUUGUGGAUUGCGUAAUUAGGGUACGAUUUCCUGAUAGAACUCAUAUUGAAGUAGCUUUUAAACCGGAUGAUACCAUGGCUACAGUUUACAGUAUAGUGAAAGGAUCUUUGAUAAAUGAAGAAACAGAAUUUAUACUUCGAUUAUCACAUCCUUAUAAACUUUUAGAAAAUAAUGAUGAUAAAUUGACUGAAACGUUAGGAUUUGUUGCAAAAACCCUACUAUUAUUUGAAUCAGAUGGCAAAGGUCCAUUUAUUAAAAAGGCACUAGUUUCAAACGCCAAGAACAUUGAAGAAGCAGAUGAUGUGAAAUUGGAUAAUAAUAAAAGCUCCACUCAUGUUGGUAAUACAGUUAAAACCAAUCAACCAAAUGCAAAAUCAUCUUCAGGGAACUCGACAUCUACGGGUAAGGUUCCAAAAUGGUUGAAAUUAGGCAAAAAGUAA